AUGGCUCCAGUUCCGCCGACGUUUCGCGUUGCGCUCGUGGCGCAGCUCUUCCAUUCUACAUGGGCUGCAACCGCAACGGCCACAGCCGCUGCAGCACUGGCCAGUGACGGCAGCGACGAAGACGAUGUGUUUGACUCGGCGCCGCUCGUGACAGCGGCAGCAGCGGCCGCGCGCGUGCGCAAGAUCCACGCGGACGCGCUGAAGCUCAGUGCGGAGAUGCUGCGGCUCUUUGUGGUCGAAGCCGUGCGGCGCGCGCAGAUGGAGGCGAUGGUGGACGAUAGUGAGACCGUCGAGCCGCUGCACGUGGAGCAGAUCUUGGCGCAGCUGCUGCUCGACUUUUGA